ACACCAACCCACCAACAAUCUCCUCAUCAACAACAAUGGAAUCCCUGCUCGCGAACUGCACAGUUCGGAUUCCCGCCAUUUCCAUGAGACCUACAGCUCCUCACACGAGCGGUCUCAUGGCGCCAAAGUGGAAUAAGAGAGCUGGGUUCUCGAGAAUCGUUUGCACGGCGGAACCUUAUUUGAUGACAAAAUUGGAUUCUGCUGAGAAAACAUGGAAAGAAUUAUCGGUCAAGUUGGCAGAUCCUGAUGUCGUCUCAAAUCCUAGUGAGUACCAAAAACUUGCACAGUCUAUGGCGGAGCUGGAUGAGGUGGUAGGCUACUACAGAAAAUAUAAGGAUUGUGAGAGACAAAUGAAAGAAACAAAAGCUUUAACCAAAGAGGAUGGGAAUGACCCAGAUAUGGUGGAGAUGAUAGCUAGUGAAAUUGAAUCUUUGUCAAGCCAGCUUAAAGACCUUGAGGAGAAGAUGAAGGUGCUAUUGCUUCCAAGUGAUCCUCUAGAUUCACGCAAUAUUCUUCUGGAAGUGAGGGCAGGUACUGGUGGCGAUGAAGCUGGAAUAUGGGCUGGUGAUCUUGUUCGUAUGUAUCAGAAGUAUUGUGAGCGCAGUUCAUGGAGGUUCACCACAAUUUCAUGUUCAGAGGCUGAGAAAGGUGGAUACAAGACAUAUGUGUAUAGCAAACUCAAAUACGAGUCUGGUGUCCAUCGUGUUCAACGAGUACCCCAAACAGAAGCACAGGGCCGCGUGCACACAUCAACUGCAACUGUAGCAAUUAUGCCAGAGGCUGAUGAAGUGGAAGUAGUAAUUGAUCCAAAAGACAUUGAGCUUACAACUGCAAGAUCUGGGGGUGCUGGCGGUCAGAAUGUCAACAAGGUGGAGACAGCGAUUGACCUUUUUCACAAACCAACUGGUAUUCGUAUCUUCUGUACUGAAGAAAGAACUCAGAUUCAGAACAAAAGCCGUGCACUUCAAUUACUACGAGCAAAACUUUAUGAGAUGAAAUUAAGGGAGCAACAGGAAUCAAUAAGGAACCAAAGAAAAUCACAGGUUGGUACUGGUGCUCGUGCAGAAAAGAUAAGGACAUACAAUUACAAGGAUAACAGAGUAACUGAUCAUAGAUUGAAGAUGAACUUUGAGCUUACUUCCUUUCUCUCAGGUGAUAUUGAGACAGCAGUGCAGUCUUGCGUUUCCAUGGAGCAGAGAGAACUCUUGGAGGAGUUAGCUGAGUCUGUGUCUGCUACCAACACCUGAUCCAUUAUUUCAUUUUCGAUGAUCCAUGCUUAUAUCAUACUUCAGGAUCCUAACCCCCAAGAACCAAAAAAGAUCGAGAUUCUCGCCAUGCAAGAUCAGAAAUCAAGAGCUGGUAGGAAUGAUUCGACGAUACAGCGCAAAUUCUUACUGCUAAGCGAUCGUUUGAUGGUCGUUUCUCUCGUCAAUGUAAAAAUGAUGAACGAAAUAAUGUACCAUCUGUAACGCUUGUGAACGGGCGGGGCCCUUUAUGAAUUGGUUACUCAAUACUACAUAUUGAGGGGGGAUACAAAUUGGUACCUAAAAAUUCCCAAUGGUUCUUUCAUAUAUAAAUGUACAAUUUAAUAUAUAAUCUUUUUUCAAGUCC